UAUAGAAUAUAAUAUAUAUUCUCAUGAUGAUAGUAUAAAUGAAGUCAUUUUAUCUGCAUUGAAAGAGUUAGAUGAUACUUAUUUUACUGAUUAUUCAGAUUCUAAAGACGAAAAAUCUAACACUGUAUUAAAUAAUAAAUUAAUAUUGGAUGUCAAUUUUUCUGAUAUUCCUUUAAAUAAAUUAAAUGAAUUUAACUUUGUAGAUGUUCCAGACAAUUACAUUGAAGAUAAAAUUUACGAUGAUUUAAAAUUAAAAAUUAAAAAAUUUUUUUCAUAA